CCCCUGUGUAUGUGUAAAGUGGUGAAAAUUGAAAUUCGAUCCUUUUUGGGUAAAAAUAACGAAGAAGAGAGAAGCUCAAAAUCUGCCCUCAUUCCUCAACAAGUCGAUUCUUCAUUCUUCUACUCAACAGAUGCGUAAAAACUUGAAGAGAGCCUUGGGAUGCCUCAGUGCCUGGAGAAUCAGUUUCUAGUUGGAUUUGCUGCAAGAUUACCCAGUUUUUAGUUGGAUUCUGCAACAUUACCGAAUCGGUUUUUUAUCCACCUGAGUUGAGACAAUUUGCUCCCCCUCUUCAAGGUGCUUUGAGGUGAAAAAAAUGUUUCUUAAAACACAGUUGUCUUGGAACGUGUUAGUUCCUGCUGAGAACCUCGAUACUGAAGGACUGAUGCUCCAGAGGGCCAUAUUGACUCGCCUCCUGGAUGACUUUGCUACAAAGAAGGCUGUUAAAGAUAUAGGUUACUUCAUUGCCGUAACCACUUUGGACCGCAUUGGCGAGGGAUUAAUCAGCCAGCAGUCUGGGGCCCUCCUAUUCCCAGUGGAUUUCAGUUGCAUAACAUUCAAGAUCCUCCCAGGCGAGACCCUGGAAGGCGUUGUCCACAAGGUUCUGAAACAUGGCAUCUUCUUAAGAUGCGGGCCUGCUGAGAAGGUAUACAUCUCUCACCACAAGAUGGCUGGCUAUGAGUAUGUUCCCGGAGAGAACCCGUGCUUUGUGAAUGACAAGCAAUUGAAGAUCGAAAAUGGCACGUUGGUGCGAGUUACGGUGAUUGCUGAGAGAUAUGAUGAGGAUGAGAAAGAUUUUCGAGCCCUUGUCAGCCUGGAAGGUGACUUUCUCGGGCCUGUGUAAUCUGCAACUUCUUAGCAUAAGUAUAUCUGUGUGCCGAUUGUGGUGGAAUGUUGUCCAGACAGUCUGAGCUUCUGAGCUAACACCUCCGAUAUGUAUCAACUUGUUCAUCAUGUUUAAUGAGUUUCAUUUGACCUCUCCAA